AUGGAGUCAAGCAAUUUACAUGCUGACAAAAGGGCGGAUAAAAAGAUAGUAAGAUACAAGGAAUGUCUGAAGAACCAUGCAGCUGCAAUUGGAGGCAAUGCAACUGAUGGGUGUGGAGAGUUCAUUGCUGAUGGAGAAGAAGGCACCCUUGAGGCUCUCAAGUGUUCAGCUUGCAAUUGCCACAGAAACUUCCACAGACAAGAGAUAGAGCCUUCUGAUUAUUCCACUCCUUUGAUGAUUAUUCCUGACACUACUCAGAUAAGGCCCAUGUUGGCUUAUCUAUCUCCCAACAAAAGUGGUUCAAUUAGUCCUUCUGAUGUGUCUGAUGAGAAGGACUGUGAAGAUGGGGUGAUUAAGGAGGUGGAAAAUCCAACUGAAAAGGUGAAGAAGAGGUUUAGAACCAAGUUCACACAAGAACAAAAGGAGAAGAUGUUUCUUUUUGCAGAAAGGGCAGGGUGGAGGAUACAGAAGUUAGAUGAAUCUGUGGUGCAGAAGUUUUGCCAAGAGAUUGGAAUCAAAAGAAGAGUCCUCAAAGUGUGGAUGCACAAUAACAAGAAUACUUUUGUCAAGAGUAAUUAUCCUUCCACUAGCUAG